UCUACACUGUGAUCACAUGCCUACAGCUGUAACAUUGGCUGCAGAUAAAGUUACCUUGAAGCUCUCACACACAGUCGCUCAUCUCUUUUUCGCUUCCAUCGUCCGUCAGUGAGUGUGGUCGGUCUAAUUCUGUCUGAGCCAGCGGAGGGGGUGGGGGCAAGUUCUUCUAUCCACAAUCCUAGCCCCAACCAGGCAAACGGGAAAGGCAUUGACUACCUCAACUUGGUCUCUGUCUGUCUCCCUUGCCUCGUCCACUGGAUCCGAAUUCAGCUCCCUGGACAUUCCAAAUAAUCAGGAUCCAUGAAGAGUUUUUCCUUCUGGAAUAAGAAAAUACGGGGCACUUUUAAAUCCUGAAAACGUGUAGUGUGUCUGCUCAUGGUCAACACUAUCAGACUGAACACAUAUCGUCAGGACCAGGCUUGCACAUUGUUGCUGGAUUGGAAUUAAACACCAGGAUUAAAUCGUGUUUGAGGAGCUGAGGAUAUACCACUAAUAAAUAUUUUCAUGGCAACAUAAUGUGCACAAAGGAUUAGCUGUUGGACGAGACAUUUAUUGUGAAACUAUGACAGAGGCAGUUGAAGCGCGGUCGUCGAUCACCACCACCAUGGUCAUCGACAGUAAGAACGGAGACACCGGGUUGCCACCUGUUCGACUGCCAAAGAAAACUUUUACAGAAAACCUGUACUCCACCUUCAGCUCCCCGCUGGCCUGGAUCUUGGUCCUGGCUCUCAUCAUUACAUGGUCUUGUGUUUUCGUCAUUAUGUUUGAUCUGAUGGACUACAAGACCAUUUCAGGUCGCCCACCUCCUGCCGUCAGGAAGGUUUUAAAGGAUUCAGGGCGUAGAGGAGGCCUCAGCAAGAUCGGCUCGGACCCGGUGAAGGCCGUGAACGACGCCGUGCAGGAGUCCGCCAACGUCUUCAGCAUGAUCUUGAACUUCGCUUCCAACUUGAUCGCCCCUGACGAGGAGGAAGGAAAUCUAUAUGCAGUGAGGAAGAAAGAGUCAAGAUGGUUGGAGGAGGAGGAUGAGGAGGGAAAUGACGUGGAGGUGAAGAGUAAGAAAGGAAAAGGAGAAUUUCUACCGUCACGAACUAAAGUUAUAGAGAUGCAAGCACAAAAGAAACCACCUGCCAUUGAAGUUGUGGAGGAGGAAGAGGAGGAGGAGGACGAGGAGGGCGAGGGGGGAGAAGAAGGAGAUGAAGUGGAGGCUGCUGUUGAGGAGGAGGAAGGGGAGGAAGAAGCAGAGGACGAAGAAACACCAGAGGAAGAGGAGUAUGAAGAGGAUUACUACGAGGAUUACUAUGAGGAGUAUGAGGACGAGGGAUAUGAAAAGGAAGAAUAUGAGGAGGAGGGAGAGGAUGAGGACGAAACAGAAGCCGUGGAAAAGGAGGAGGAUGAUGAGGAGGAUGAGGUUGAAGAGGAAGAAGAGGAGGAAGAGACGAUAGACGAAGCAGCCGCUGGCGAUGAUGAGGAAGAUGAACAGGAAGGUGAAGAAGAACCUCUGUCGGCCACACUAGAGGACGAUGAAGAUGAACUGGAAGAGAAGGCAGCAGAAGACAAAGACGAUGAUGAAGACGAGGAGGAGGAAGGAGGAGAGAACGCAGAUGCUCCUGAAGAUGAUGAUGAUGAUGAUGAUGAAGAGGUUUCUCCCAAACCCGUUUCUACGUCUGAGGACGAAGAUUCGUCUCCUGAUUCUGACGUCGGAGACAGCGACGAAUACGAGACCAUUGAUGAAGACGAGGAGGAGAAUGAAGAGGAAAGCAGUGACGAGGUGUUCACUGACUCCUCGGACAUCAGCGAUGAGGACGACGACGGAGAAGACGACGAAGACGACAGAUUAGCUGAAGGCAUCGUGACGACAGACGAUGAUCUGGAUCUUCAUAUUCCUCCCAUCGCAGUUGGAAGUGAGGAUGACGAAGAUCAUAAACUCGCAGAAGAAGAAGAAGAUCUGGGUGACAUCAAAGCUGCUGAAGGCACUGAGGAUGACGAUGAUGAUGAAGUCAUCUCUGUUGCGUCCUCUGAACACUUCUUUGCAGACGAUGAAGACGACGAUGAAGACCUUAAAGAGCUCGACAGUGACCUGGACAAGGAGGCUGACCUUGAGGAUGACCGUGACGUCACCGAAGACAUCCGUGAUGUUGAGGAUGAUGAUGAUGAUGAUGAUGAUGAUAAAGAGGAAGAGGAAGCUGAGGUUAGUUUGAGCACAGACAGCGGCGUCUUGGGUGAUGAAGAUGACGAUGAUGACGACAUCACUCUGAAGACAGAUGAAGAGUCUUUACUCAGUGAUGAUGACGAUGAUGAUGACGAUGAGGAAGAUUCAUCAGAGUUUGCUUCUGAUUGGGAAGAUGAGAAAGAAGCCGACAAAGUUCCUGACAUUGAUGAAGAUGAGGGUGAACGUAAAGAAAAAAUCACUUUGGAGUCCUUAAAGGGCCAGGAUGAAGAUGAUGAUGAGGAAGAUGAUGAAGGUGUUGAUGACGUCUUGCUUGCAGCUGCCACUGCAGCAGCGUUCACUGUCCAGGAGGAGGCAGCAAAGACUGAGGCAAGCGACAAAGAUGAGGAGGAGGAAGGAGACGAGCUCCAAGAGGCUGACGAUGAAGACAAGUCUAAGGAGGCACCAGAGCAAACUGAGUCUCUAGCUGCUCCCGACGAUGAGGAGGAUGAAGGAGAAGACUACAAAGAGGCAACUGCAAAGCCCCACAAAUCUGUGGAUGAACCUGAAGAUAAGAAAGAGGAGUACGACGAAGACGACGAUGAUGAGGAGAAGGCCACGGUGGAUGUGAUCAAACCUGUGCCUGAACCAGAGGAAGAGGCGCCCAAGACUGAACCCACAGUGUGUCCCUGUAUGCACUCUGCAAAGACCAAAGAGACCAAGACUGCAGAAAAAAAAGCUCCAAGAAGGGUUUCAGCUGUCAGAAGGAAAAAAGAUCGGGAAGUGUUGAAGACGGAAGAAAAGUCCAAAAAGAAAGGUCUUCCUAGAAUUGCAACGUUGGAGCACAAAAUCCGGAGCAUCAGGAAAUUCCCUCUGUUUCCUAGAGCCAAGGAAGAAAAAAAGACCAAGACUUCCAAAACAGUGAAAGAAACCAAAAAACAAGAGCCAGUCACAGAAUCUGGACAAGAAGUUGGUCCUUGCAGACCUGCACCGGUCUACUGUCCGUCCCCACCUGGCUGGUAUGUCCAUCACAUAGUCACAGACAAUCCAUACCCUCCUCCAACCAUGUCAGCUCCAUCUGCUCCGGUUCUGACCGCCCACCCUCCCGUCCAUCCCGGAGCUCCGCCAGCGCAGCCUCUUUACCAACAGCAACCUCCUCCCCCGCCAAUGCAGCCGAUGUACGCACAGUACCAACCGUAUCCACCACCGGUGCAACCAGUGAUGCCUCCUCUGCCGGAUCCAACUCAGCCCGUCCAGCCUGAAGCCCAAGAACAUCAGGCUCCUGUUGGCGAAGCUGUCGAAGCUCAGCCAGCUGCAGCUGCAGCUCAGGGAGCAGAGACUGUGGAGGACAAGGUGAAAGCUGUCCCCAGCAAGAAAGCUGAAAAGAAGAAGACCAAGGCUGCUGACUCACAUAAAGAGCCAGCAGCAGCAGCCAAAGAGAAGACAAAGAAAGAAGCUGCCGCUGUUUUGAAGGAGAAAAGGCAUUCUGCAAAAAAAGAGCCAGCUGCAAAAACAGAGAAAACCAAAGCUCCUGCAGCUGCAAAGAAAGAGGCACCUGUAAAACAGAAAACCAAAACUGAUGCAGCUCCCAAGAAAGAGCCUGCGGUCGUAAGACAGAGGAGGAAACCGACCUCUGAGCAGACAGCAGCACGGUCUGUCAGGAGCAAAGCCAAAGUGUCCACAGCUAAGAAAGAUCCAGAACCACGUCCACUCAGACUGAGACCGAAGCUGGAAACAGUCAAGAGAGCGAACAUCACGUCUCAGGCUAAACCUUCUCCACCAGCCAAAACAAGAUCAAAGUUAUUGGCAGAGAAGCAAGGCCAAGCUGAGAAGGCUGAAAAGAAAUCUGUCAAACAGGCUGAAGAUAAAGAGAAACAGCCACCACCAGCUCAAGAGUCUCAGACUGACAACAUCACAGAGAAGAAGAAACCAGGACAGAGAUACUUCCAGUGCAUUUACGUCCCGGGCAAACAUGCACAGUACCCUUUGCGGCCGUUCACCCCAGCCAUGUCCCCCACCAUGCUGUCCCCUGCACUCCGGUCCAUGCUGGAGCAGCAGAGAGCGGCCAGGGCGUCGGGACAGUAGGGGCAAACCUGAUCCCUCGCUUUGUAUCUUAUAGCACUGCUACCCCCAGUCCAGCAGGGGGAGACGUUUGAAUCUGCGGCGGUCCUCAUAGUCCUCCAGAGGACGGCCACAGAACAAAGAGGACACAACUAUAUUGUCUUUAAUUUAUUGAUGUAUUUAUUUAGUGGUCGAGCUCCUGGGGUUACUGCUUCAUGUUUCCCAAUUUCCCCUCAGUUAAAGCUUUACUGCUUCUCAGAUCUUUGUUUUUUAAUCCUUACUUGCACAUGGGUCCGAAUUUAACUUCUGUUAUUUCUCUCCAUGAUACCCUUCCAGAAAUAAAUAUACUCAAUAAGAGAAACUUUUAAAGGUUUUCAAUGAAGAAAUGAUGGGAAAAAAUAAAAUUCACAUUGUAUAUUAAUGGCAUUAAACAUCACUUCAGAGGCCACGUUGAUUUGCUUUCAGCACACAAACCUUCACAUAAGAUUUAAAUAUAUUUAUAUCCUAAAAUCAACUAUUAUAUUGUAUAAAACACUUUAAUUUAUGUCCAGUUUCCAUGGUCCUGUACCCACGAAUCCCCCAUCCCGUGUUUGUGUUUUUACCGCUGAGCUGCAACAGAUUAGCAUGCAGAUGUUACAGGGUCAAAUCCCAGGAGCUCCCACACCGAUCCCAGCGGUAUCCCUGCCUCUGAACAUCCGCCAGGCUCUUCAACGUGUGGGUGCAUGCUGAUAAGUGACGGCACACUCACUGAGAUUGCAUCUGGCAGGAAGUCUGUUUAUCCAAUUCACCUUAUUACAUUUUAUCAGUAAUUUUAACUACUGUGUUUAAAUGUAGUUUUUUUGUAUGACUCCAGUCAAUGAUGCCAUAUCAUCCCAGAAACAUUUACUUACAUCCAAGAGGUGCUAAACAUUCAUAUAGCAUUUUGAAUGUGAGUGUAGCUGCAUGACUCACACGUUUAGGAGCUGCUAAAAAGAAAAUAAAUUUGGAUCCGAUUAUUCAAAUUAAUUUUUUUUUUUUUUUUUACUUUAACGUCAGCUGUAGAGGAUCAUAGUUCUUAUUUACAAUCUGACCCAAAUAUGGGUCACUGAUCAGAGAGGAAGUCGAUACCAACAUAUCAACGGUGUCAGGGGUAAAAUUCAUAACCUGAUGUUUAAAAACGUCAUUUAACGUCCACAAAUUACAAUUAGCGUCACUUGUUCAGAGUCAGGGAUUCUGCAUAGGACGACCUUGACGUGACCAACCCAUGAAAGACGCUGUGAUGUCCGCCUUUUUACUCAGCCCGAAAUGUUGUUUUACCUCAAUCGUACAGUAGCUCUGGUGUUGCAUAAAACCUCAGCAACAAGACCCUCAAGGCCUUGCCGGGGGCCGGAAACCUGUUGCUGGAGCUGAAUUAACAGCAGUUUGCUAUUGUCGUCUUACUGAAUGGAAACCUGCUUUUAAAGAGAACCAAAGAGGGGUUUGAUACCAGGUUCAGUCCUGGGAUAUGACCCGCGUUUGCCUAGAGUCUGCUGCAGUGUCGCCUUAGUUAGUUCACUUAGGUCCAAGCAGAUGAUUAUCCACUUAUUUCUCCUGUUAUUUUUUUUUUAAUGCCUGUGUUAAUUUAGUGACGACUCAGAUCAGUUACUAACCUGUAGACGGAUGUUUGAGAUGUUGAAGUAAAGUAGAUCUGAACUAUCUUUAGUCCUGGACUAAUCCUUGUGGUGUUACUGGUCCUCAGACUGAAACAUCAUUUUUGUGGGGGGAAAGUUUAUCUGGAGUCUCUCCGUUGGGAACCGAUUAUGCUCGGUUAUGGGGUGGGGCUUUAUGUGGUGAUGGACAGAAGACUUGAAUUAGUGGUUGUAGGACUACCCAAAUGCAUACAGAGGUAUUUUAUUAUCCGAUGAGAGUUGAGUCUUUCUCCGCCGGGCUCUGCUCAGACAGACGGGAAGUGAAAUCAAAGUUUUGAGCAAAUGCAAAUAUACGAAAAGUUCACAGAGAAACUUGAACGCAAACUUAAAUUUAAUCCACAUCGUGCAACUUUUUCUCAUAUUGCAUCUGACUGAACAAUUUAAACGGACGCUGUGAGUCCAGCAUAGCAAGAAUAUGAACUGAAACACACUGAACCUGUAAAAUCUGGGCUCAGAUUUUUCAGUGGGAACAUUUUGAACCUGGAAUCUGGGUUAAUGAGUCUGAGAUGGAGUUGAAGGGGCCCCGAGCUUUUCUGCUGCUCUGCAGGGUUUAGAUCGGCUGGCCAGUGGAGAAGUGUGAGGAGUCCUCAUGCUUCACGGCCAAAACGAAACCUGACAAGCGUUCGCAGCAGCAGCAUACUGAGUACAAGUCGGAGUGGCCUUUAAAAACACGAGGAGAUUAUUUUUCUUUAAGUGAAUCAUAUUCCAACCAGGAUCCAGCCGUCUGUGGUCUUUAUGAAAUAAACGGAGAGAAAUUACAGCAGCUAUAGGCUUAAUUAUGUUUUUAAGUCAUUACCAGUGAUUUAACAUCAGUUCAUGUAAAAACUAUAAUCUAAUGCAAGGAAAACAAACCAAAGGGGUUGUCUGUAAUGGAUUUCAUAGAGAGAACCUAAGCCUUGACUCCUGCUGUUUCAGUCCCUGAUAGACUGACUUUGGAUGUUGCUGUUGAGAGGAAGAGGAAGUGCUUUUUAUUUGUGUUCUCCUGAAAACCUACUCUAUGACACUUGUUACCUGCACUUACCUGUGUUUUUGCUUUUCUUUUGUUCUUUCCUAUGGUCAGUAGUAAUCUAAAAUCACUGUAGUGCAGAGAGACCACGUCAUUGUUUAUUGAUUAGAUGAGAAUCUCUACAAAUUCAGAGUUUAACUUUAAAUAAAGGUUCCCUGGUGAGUUUAGAGCUAUAUUUGAUAGAAUAGGUCAUACAUUUAAGUAACUAAUAUUCAUAUUUCAUUUCUGUUAUAUAUGCACAAAUUAAAGUGUCCUUUUGUCCGGCUGUUUAUGCUCCUUUCAGAGUCUCUAUGCUAAGCUAAGCCAAGAACUUCAUUUUGAACAUUUAACUUGGCAAGAAAGGGAAUAAGUGAAUUUCCCAAAUGAGAAAUUACAUAAAAUAAACACAGAGUAAACAGCCAGUUGAGAACCCAAUGUUCUUUUAGCGUGCCUGCAAACACGCAAAUCUAACCAUGAGCAUGGAGGUCAAACAGAUUAGCUGCUGAAAAUGAUGGUAGAAAAUGCAGGCAAGUUGCCAUGAAGUGCAAAAACAUUUAGCAUUUAACUCAACAGGAAGCCUCGUUUGGUGUGAACCUCUAUAUUUUAUUAAAAGUGUAUAGAGUCAGGCCCAAACAUGCUAAGCUAAUAGCCUGCUGAGUCCGUUAAGAGUCAAAGAAACAACAAAAGAUGUCAUGCUGCCAAUUCCUUUACCUUCACUCCUAGAGGAUAAACUACUUUUCUUUUUGAACUGUUGUACUUUAAAGAGUCACGCACACAAGCAUGCAGCUAGACUGAAUGUGCAGAGGUGUGGCCAGGUGAACCCUUUAGCCCAGGGGUGUCAAACUCAUUUUAAUUCGGGGGCCACAUGCAUUCAGCCCAGGUUGAUCUCAAUGAGGCUGGACCAGUAACAAAACAGCAUUAUAAACUAUGAGUAACGACAGCUGCAGAUCUUUCCCAUUUGUUUUGAUGAAAAGAAGAAAAAGUAAAUUAGGAGAAGUUUACAAUAAACAUUAAUGAACCAUCCUUCAACAAAUGAAAUUUCUUAAAAUAGAUAAAUGCAGUUUGGGCUCAUUGCUGUCUUUUGUUUAGUGCUGGGUCUGCUUUUGGUCCUUGGGCUGUAUGUUUGACACCCGUGCUUUAAGAGAUCCCCUAGUGCUGUUAUUAAAAACAUUACCUCUGCUGUAGUUUAAAGAAUGUCAACCAUUGGGUGCCCCCUACUGGUCUGGAGGCCUCAAGCAGUACAAACACAAGAGUAAAAAAGAGAAUAAGUGUAUUUCCACAAAGUUGUUCACAUUAAAAUUCCUUUUAAUGUGGAACUGCUCUGUUAAGACCAUUAAACACAGCCUAUCAAGAACCGUGUCUUUCUAUCUGAACAUAACAGUUUGCAGACAGAGCUCAGGUUUUAUGUGUCUGCUGCAUUAAAUAAAGUGAAAUAAAAAGGAGGAAACCUGCAAUCAACAUGGUAUGCCUUCAUUUUUAGAUCUUUAGCUAAACUACUGGAUGAUUUUCUAAUGUCUGAGGAGAUUUUAGAAGAAACCAGGUUUAUACAAAGUGUUGAAAAAGAAAGAAACCAACAGCGUCAACCUAUUUUUAAUCUUUCAAGUCUUCUUCUUUUUUUUUUGGAGACUGAGAUGUAAUUACAGCAAUAAGAGUGAAAUCACUGAUGCGAGAGGAAGUUGUGUUAAUUUAAGGGACGUUUGAUUUUUCUGUUGAUGAUUUCUUAUGCACGAUGAUGCAACUAAGACACAUUUCUGGGUCAUUUGUCGUCGCACCCUGAACACUGUAAUUUAUUUAUGAGAGAGAGAGAGGAUUUUAUUUUGUUGUAGUUUAGUGUCAUCCAAAGGAGAUUUGAAGCGUUUACCUGUUGCAUGUAUUAUUAAGCAGAGGUGCACAAUGUCACAGUGUUUUUCAGUGCAACGUCUGCUGAAAUGUGACUUUGAGGGAAACUGCUGUGUGAUAAGUAGGAUGCAUUCACCACAGUGUUGUUUGUGUCAGAAUCUGAAUAAAUAUUUUCAGGUAUUUCUGAAAGCAUCACUGUGUCUCCAUUUGUUUGCACUGAAAUAAUUCAUACAUAUAUAUAUAUAUAUAUCCGUGUGUGUCUAAUGCAGAUACUAAUGAUGGGUUCCCUGCAGCUGCUGUUCAGAUCAUCACAUCUCAAACUCCACUCACAUCCUUCCUUAUUAUCAUUAAAGCACAAAAUGACACAAAAAACAAGACCAAAGCAAGUGAGGAAAUCUGCGUGUGUCCAUAUUUAUUUUGAUCAUUUUACAUAAUGCAUUUCAGCAAACUGUCGUCGAGGACAUUUAUACAUUUAACACCUGCUAACUGAACACUUUUAUGCUCCUAUAAUAUACUGGCUUUCCGUAAUAACUUCACAACAUUAGUUGGGCCUCCCUAUAACCGCUCCUAUGGCGACUAUACAAUCAAAGAAAAACAGUGAGAAGAAAACUAAAUAAAUAAACUGCAUUCAUAGCCAGAAAAUCUGUUUUGUUUUUUAAAAAAAAAAUCAUUCAGUGUCCCAGCGUCUCUACGAAGCACAGAUAAUGAUCAGAAACAAUACAUUAGCUUCUUAAUGGAAGAAGAGGCUUUGGCUGAGAUGAUGAACAAUGCUGGUCCAAAGAAAUAAACUCAUUACAAAGCUGGUGACGGAGAGUUUAAUUCCAAAACGAGGCCUGAUUAAUAAAAAGAUUCAUUCUGUGUUUUUAAUCUCCUCAUUUUGAAGCAAAACUCUUCUUUAAAUAGAACUAAUCUUUGCAGCUGGUGUCCUAGCUGCAUGUAAAUCAGUAAAGACGUUUAUUAUAUACGAAUAAAACCAGGCGGUUCCUUUAAUUUACGGACAUUUAGCGGCAAAUGUUUGAAGCACAUAAAGGCAAAGAAUCUGUGUAUUUAUUGAUGUAUUUAUGAGCUAUGGUAAUGAUUUACACUUUCAUUGUAUAUGUUUCUGACUGACUAAUUUCAAGGAAUGAGGCUCUAGGUUUGGAAGCUUUGUAUUUAACCACCACCAUGGAGGCUCCUUAAAUAGAAUUACUGCAUUUGUUAAAUUCUUAAUUUAAAGGAAAAAAAAAAAAAAGAAAAAAAAAAUCACCAGGCCCUUAGUGUAAUGUAAAGCCUGCUUGAAGUUUUCUGCCAUACAAAGUAAUUUAUUCAUAAAUAGGUUGUGAGGCCUUGUGCACAGAACAAAAGAGAGAAAAAAGCUGUAUUUCUACCCAUGUUUCUGUCCAUCUGAUCAUGAUUCUGUGCAGAAAUCUUGCAGGAAUUGCUCAGAAAUCGAGGAAGACAAACAUUAGAUCUAAAUAGAGGAAUAAAUCAAAUACAGAUGCUAUAUUUCCAUAUUUGCUCAGUCUUUUAGUUGUUUUUUUUUCUUCUUCUGCAACGAUUAAAUGGCCUUUGCCUGUAGAAUUAUUCUACCAAUUCUACCAAUACACAGAAAAAAAUACCUUUGUGGUUAACUGGAUGAUCCUACAACUAAUUAGAGUAACUUGACACGACUCUACUUCCUUUCAAGUUCAAGUUUCAAGUUAUUUUGUUGUCAAUAUCUUUUACAACAGAUACAAUAGCCUCAAAAACGAUCUGAUUAGCCUGGACAGAUGUUUGCAGGCACAGUAUCCAAUGGAGACACUCCAGACCAACUUUCCUCCAAAAAAGACUUAGAGGCAGGGGUGAAGUUGUUCAUCUCAACGUGCUCAUCUUCUGGUUUCAGGUGGAAAUGGGAUUAAAUUAUUAAUGCAUAGCGUUGACAUCUGUAUUUAUGCUUUAGGCAAAACUCAUGCACGGUUGCUGGAUGCUAAAACCAGGUCAUGUUUGGAGUUUUACCAGUCUGACAUUCUUCCUCUUUAUUCUAACUUUUCUGGCUCCAGACAGCUCAUCAAGGUCAGAUGCACAAAAAGCAUUUCCCUUCUCGUCGUGACCUACUUGCACAAAUGAUCCUGCUCCUUGGUUGCACAGUUGCUUGCAGACUAAAGGUACAUUCACAAGUCUCGCAGAGCUCGUCUGUGCUAACUCACGGUUUCUAAGUUUUGCUACUCAAGGGUAACGGAAGAAGACAUUGAAUUUGUGUCACUGAGACGAUGCUUAAUUUAUGUCUUUCCAAUGAAAGCUAGUUUGCAUGGGAGAAUAAUGACAUGUGGACUUUACAUUUCCUUUGUGGCAGACUUGUAUUAACAGUAAGACAGUGUCUAUGUCGUUAUCUAAACUGCAGCCAGUCUGAAGCAAAGCAAUAGACGGUUUACAAAAAAUAAAAUGCAAGGGAAGCUGAGGAGACCUCCAUGAUGGCUUCCUGUGUAUCUGUUUUAAACAUUCUAUACUGCUAAAUGACUCCAGGAACAAUUUGGAUGCAAGAAUCAGCAGGACAGACAUAAGAACUGCACAGAAAUAACAUUCAAAAUGCUGAAAUCUCAAACAAAAACAAACAGUAUCAACACCUCAUAAAACAUAUCAACCUGACAUCUGUUUAAUAAGCAACUUUAAUGAAAUACUGACAAGAAGAAGAAGAAAUAAAAGAGUCUUGCAUGUGUGGCAAAGCAGAAAAGCAUCAUCCGAUAAAGUACAUCUGUAAUAAAAUUAGAAAUCUUUUUCCUCUACGGACCCUGUACAACGGAACAGACUCUAAUACUUUGAAACAAUCGGAGCUUCAGUUUGAGCUAUAUUCAGGCAGUAUACAGAUGUUUAGUUCAUGUAAACUUCGUAUCCUAACAACUGGAAGCAUCUACAGUGGCUGUGUAAAUGUGUGUGUCCCCGUUUGUCUUUACACGUCCUCCUGAACGUCCAGUAAUGAAGAAAAAAACGAAUGUAGGGAAUCAGCAUCUUAAAACUCUCUGACCUUUGAUCUGAUGUGAAAGGAAUCUGGUGAUUAUUUGUCCUAAAUGUGUGAUUGAUUCAUUUAAUAAUGGCCCGAUUGAGUCAAGCUUCUGAAUACUGACGUCUGGACUAAUACUAAUGUAGUCAUCAAAAUGAAGAAAUCCUUUUGUUAGAGACAGUUUGUUUAAACAGCAAACCAAAGCAAAGCUAAGACAAAGUAACUGGAUGUGUGGAGUUCCUUUAAGACGUUUCAUCCAAGUUGCUUCUUCAGUUCAUAGAAGACUGGUGUUUGGGAGUUUGGGUUUUUAUUUUGGUGAACGUGGACAUUUCUUGACAUUAACGUAUUGCUCCAGGCUCACGCUGAGUUUUAAAAUUUCAAACAUGGGUUGUCAGUGGGGGUGUCGUCAGUAGAGACGAUAAACUUGGCUCUAGCAAAGGUUGGUAGCCUUGAAGUGCGGCAUCUAGUGGAAACAACUGAAAGCAUUGCAGGAUAAACGGGAAGUUAAUGCAGUCGCUAGGAUUUUUGGCAAUUUUCUAAAUGCCUCACCAUCCAUAUUAAACAACCCAAAGGGCCAGAUGUGGCCUACAAGCCACAGUUUGUCCACAACCAUUAAUUUGGUUAGAAACUGUGGAACAAAAACUAAAACAAAAGCAAUGACAAUGUUGCUUCAGCAGGUUUUAAGUCAGAGAACGCAGGUGAUUUGAAAGAAGAAUGAAGGAAGGCAUUAAAAUGCAUCUCCACUUAUGUCCACAUUCACUUAAUAUUUAGUGACUUAGCAGCUCCAAGGCCGGAAUCUUUUAAAGGCUCAUUACUACUGAACAGACGUUACUUAUUCAGGUGAACAUUUCUGCCAGUGGUUGAAUGACUGAGUUAAACUCUUCUCCCACAGAUCAGCCCCGUUGAGUAGGUGGUCUUUAAUGGGACCCAGGAUUCAUUGUGCGUUCACAUUAAAGAAAGGAAUGAGGUCAAACGUGUCCCAGACCACCUCCACAUGUGGACUGGGACCAGAUCAACCAAAUGCGUCCAGGACUGUGUUCACACCUGGACUAAUCAGAUCUCCCUGGACACAUGAGGAAGGCCUUGGUAAAACUAAAGCCCCUUUCACACUGCACAAAAAUCCUGCGUUGUCCCAGGUCCUCGUGGGUUUUUUCGGCAGUGUGAAAGGGUUGCUGCAGCAUUUCUUCCUGGAUCAAAUACCCAUACAAAACAAAUGUGCUACACGAUCUUGGAAGCGGAUAUAUUAGCUCUACAUCAUGUGCAGGAAAUUCCACCAAAAGCCCAUAAGAGCCCACCAAAAUGGGUCGAUCCUGGUCAGAAAAUUGUGUGGCAAAGCAGUAUUUUCAGUGUGACAGUGAUAGAGAUGACAGAGAUGGACGGAGACACCAUUUAUCAACUCUACUUACAACACAGUCUAAACAUCCUCAACCCAAAAAAAGUGUGAUUCACGCCCCAAAUCUGGAGUUUUUCUGAUAAAAUUUUCCAUCCAGGUCUGAACAUCUGAAGAUUGUGCUGUCAGAGUUCGGUAAAUGUUGCCUAAGCUCACCUCCACCACUUAAGAGGCAGGUUUUGCAGUAUAACAUAGAUGGCCUCGGUCUUCCCUAGCUGAUUAGCUGAUGAAGCCUCUCGGAUGAAUCGUCAUCAAGAAAACUCAAACAAGUGCAGCUGCAUUUGUUUCAGCUUAUAAAUAUACAGUACCUUGACCUGUAGGACUCAUAAUUUUCACAAAUAAUCGGUUUAAAAUGAUUUUGUUCUUGCACUUUAUUGCAAAGAUUAUGCAACUGCAGUGACCUAAAGUCAGGUCCGGGCAAGAAUUCCAGGAGGAAUUUACAUUGAACUUAAAUAACCAUCAAGUAAAGUGGGCUGCAAAGUCACAAGUAUUAAUUUGCACAAUGGACAUUUCAAAAAAUAUAAUUUCAUUGUUUGCAAAUAACUAAACAAAAGUCUGAGUUUGUGUUGACCUGCGUGAACAAAUCCAGAAUCAUGCAACAAGACUGUCAACGGUGAGGACUUCAACAUCAAAUUAAAUUACUUGCACAAAAUGGUGUGAGGGCUGGGUCUCUUAUGGUUAAAACUAAACAUUAACCAACAAAUCACAAACAUGGAAAGGUGUUCUUAGUUUCUAAUAAAGGUGACGUCUUCUUAUAAGGAUUAGUUUGAAGAUUAAAGAAGCAGGAAGCAGGUAACCCCCUCCCCUGUGACUCGACACUCUGCAUGGCAACGUAUUGCUUUUAGGCUGAUGAUUAAAUUUCUACUAAACAGACAAAUGAAAAGCUCUGGAGAUUUUGUAGCACUGCAGGAAAGAAGAUUGUAAACGAAAAAGAAAUUCACCUUUUCAGCAUUAAAGUUUAGGUAAACUCAGAAACAGCUGUCGCCAGGGUCCGUCUAACCUUCUGGCAAGAGUUUUUUUCGGUUUCUCAGUUAUAAAUUAUCUCACCAUAAAAAGCUGAGCUACUUCACUCGGCUUCGUUGGAUAAUUCCAUUGAGGACCCAAAUCUCUUUCAAAUCCUCUGUAAAGAAAGAGUUUAUUCUGGACCCAACUGACUUUUAAUGCUGCUCUCAUCACAGCGGUUUCACAGAGUGGUUUCGUCCUAAUCAAGGCGACCUCUGUAACUGACGCUGUCGUGGACGUCUGAGGUGAGCCUGUAUUUACCGAUGGAAAUGUUCUUAUUUUAGCCAAUAACAGCAAACAAGGAAACAAGAGGAUAAAUUCACUUUGGGAAGGACCAUUUUGCUGAACACAUCGAUCGUCCAAUUACAGCUCGACAAGCUUAGCCGGGUACGGACCGGGAAAACCAAGCUUUAGAUUCUUCUACAUGAUGAACACGGGGCUGUAGUAAGAGAAAGAAACCGCUUGCUUCUUUAGCUCUAACACUGCAUUCAUUCUUUUGAACGUCUGACAUGAACAACAGCUCUUUUUUGUGUGAACCGACAUCAAAAUACAAUAUAGCAUCAACACUAAAAGAGUUCAGAUGAUUUUCUGUGUGAAGAGACUCCAAAUGAUCAAGGGAAACUAUCAAACAUUCAAAAUUCAGACUGAAAUGUGAGCUUUAGUUCUGAACGCUGCUGAACUUUAAGUAGGAGCUGCUGCCCUUGGGAUUAAUGAAGUAAGUCUGAUUCUGGUGAGGACGAAUCAGGCCCUAAGACAAGUCUUCUCUAUCAGUCUCUUUCUGAACUGAAACAACCAUCACUGUGAUACACGAUACGUUUAACAUAAAACUAGACACGUGGAGGAUGUCUGUGAAGGUUCUCAGUCAUCCAGUUUAUCCGAACAAAAUCUACUGAAACAAGGAAUAUGGGCAGCACCAUCUUGUGUCUGGAGUCAGAGUGUGAUCAGUACAAUCUGAGGACAGAGCCACAAUAUGAAUGCCCCGCCCACACUUCCUCCAGACUUGUUCCCUUUAAUUAAUACUCCACCAAUUACGAGGAAAUGUUGGAUUACAUACUAAACUUAUUUUCAUUAAUUUGUUUUUAAUUUUAAACUCUCAUGGCCCUAUGGUCCAGUGCUUUACGCAGCUGUUGUCAUGGCAACUUGUAGUCGCCAUCAUGUCACAUUGUGUUUCUAUAGCGUCAAACUACCUAAAAUGACAGAAACCAUCCUUGAAUAAAAUAUUUUACGUGUAUUUUAGUGUUUUAGUUAGGCUCAAUUCCCGCCCACUAACAUAGAGGGGGUGGCACUUAUGACCUAUACUGCAGCCAGCCACCAGGGGGAGCUCUACUAGCUUUGGCUUCAUUUUAGAAGAAUGCUGCCCACAGAAUAGUCCCAAGGUGUGUGGGCAACACUCGUCAGAUAUUCUUAUUAAAAUCCUGAACGCGCCACACAUCUUUUAAGAAACCUAACAAGUGCAGUUGUUCUUGUUCCAGAUCGUUUUCUUGGAUAUUUUGACACUUGGAGCAGCACUGUAUGAGUUUAAUAUUAAAAAUUUAACAACACACCGCCAGAAUGGAAGGAGGCGCCGUCUCGGAUUUGUACCUCUCCUACUCUGGUUUAAACUCCAGUUGAGAUAACACUGACUGAGCCCCUGAGCCUCUGAGCUGCAGUAAGUGGGGUUGACACAUCAUGUACGCUGGUGUGAUGCUUUAACAUUCCAGCUGUCUGCUCUCGUUGCAGCCGGCCACCUCACGCCUGCCUUCCUGCCCGCCGGCCCUUCUGCGAUACGCUCGACUGUCCGUUCGCCUGCCAGCCCGACAGAGUCGCUGUUUUCCUGCCUGCUGUCGUCUCUUAACAUUCUGCUGUCAUAUAUUUCCACUUCACAUGCCUCCGGUGUACGAGUGAUGUGGAGGAGCACCUUCAGCUGGUGCCAGUUUCAAAGUAAUACGUAUUUAUGGAAAGUCAGAAAUGGAGCGAACUGAAAAAAAUACUGUUUGUGGCAUUUUAGAUAUCAUAUUAUCCUAGCUACACUGCAGCAGCACCAGCAGCAGCAGCUUUUCUAAUUGUAAAUGUACUGUGAUUUCAGUAAAAUACUGAAUUUGAAAUCAAUUAACACAAAUUUUGAGACUUUUAACACUUCUACAGGGAAAGUAAUAGAUCCAUAAACACUUAAAGACCAAACUUCAUAUGCUGUCAUCAUGGAUAAAGACAUCAUUCAGGCAUUCUCCAGAAGAUCUGUCAUUUUAAAGAGUUUAAUUAUAUAUAAUUAAACUCUUAUAAAGUUUAAUUAGGAUUUUAGUAAAUUUUAGGUUUUUGAUUUAUCUUUCUCUGCGUUUUCUUAAUAUCAGCAGAAGAGACAGUGAGGAAGUAACUAUAGGAAUGUAAAUCUCAUUUCUUGAUGCAAACGGAAUUAAUAAAUAUCUGUAAAAACCCUAAUUGUUGUCACAAAGAAAAUGCCGUUCCUAACAUUGGUGCCAACCACCGAAUUCACCACAGGUUUGGAGCGUCUCUCUGGCUGGAUUUUUGGAUUUCUGGCAACCAGAGCCUUGAACGUCCACCUGUGACCGACUGUUAAAAAGCGAUGGACAACUUAUAUUUUUGAACGGGGGCUGAGUAUUGGCAAACGCGAUGUGGCUAAAAGCUAAACUGCAGAUACUUGAUGUUCAGCUGCUUCAUAAAAAAAACAAAAAACAAA